AUGCGCGCUUGUGGAUUAAUCGAUGGAGAGUCCUCGUAUUGGACAAUGGCUCGGAAACACGUGUUGCCCAUCAUGAACACGGCGAUCAAAGUGAAAAUGUAUCACGAUUGGCUGAGUCCUGCCCCAUCAGGGGGCAUGAUCGAGCGUUGUGUGGUCGUACAACGGCAACCAGAUGGUUACGGUCUAACGGUGAAUGGCGAUCAUCCCGUUUUCGUGCACACUGUUCGCUCGGAUGGAGCCGCCUUUUGUGCCGGGGUUCGACAAGGAGAUCGCAUAUUAAAGGUUAACGGAAUGCCGGUGACCAGUCAAAAUCAUCUCGAUGUCGUUCGAAUGAUCUCAGGCGGUCAAACAGUAGCGUUGACACUUCUCGGCAAACCACCCGAUCCAUUGAAUGUUGACAUCUUUCAUGAGCAAAAGACCGAGCUCACCAAGGCGAUCAUUUCCGAUCCGAUGCCUGUGGCUGAAAAGGAAGAAUGGAAGCGAAGACGAAAAGAAGUGAUUGCUCAAAUGUUAGAAGAUGAGAGGAGACAUGUUGAGAGCCUCCGCGACUCGAGCGAAAACGGGGACAAAUUGGAGAAAUCGCUGAAGAGAAUUCAGAAAUUGCAAUCACAAUUGAGGGGACAAACCCCACCACAACAGAAAUCAAUACAACAAAUCGAUAAUACGAAUAGUACGGCAAAUAACAUCAACAAUCACUCCUCAAGCACAAAUCCCUGGAUGCACGUGGGUCGCCGAGCCUCGGACGGGCUCGUUUCGGAUAGCGAAAACGAUGAAGAUAUGCUAUCGAACGAAACCUCCGGCCCCUUCUCGUCGAUCGUCGAGCUGAAGGGACAUCCGGCUCAUCUCGCCGUGUUCAUCUCAUUCCUUUUGAGUAACGCAAAUCCGAAUUCUCUCUUCUUUUACCUCAUCACCGAUGCCUAUCAACAAACGAGUGCAUCGGCGAAAGAACUCCGUCGAUGGGCUUUCGAGAUCUUUACAACGUUCGUUGUGCCAAACUCGCCGAUGCAUGUGCAGAAUAUGGAUCAGAAUAUUAUACAACCAAUAGAUAAGGCAAUGACAAAUACUGCUCAAGAUGUGCGAGACGCCGACGCAGAUAUUUUAAGAAAAAUUUUCAUCCCAGCACGACAAAGGGCUGAAUUAGACAUUCGAGAACAUUUGGCUGAUUUUCGAGUAAAGAAACAUAUAAGCAAUUUGUUUGAAAUCGCUCAAUUGGGAGAAGCGAAUGAUGACUCGUCGUUGGAAUGGAAAUUGGGUGAAUCGUUGUUGUUGAGAGCGUUAGAGACAACGGUUAGAGCGGCGAAUCCUGAUUACGAUUUGUGUUCAAUCAAUACGCAAGCAUUACUCUCAUCGUUGGCCACACUGAUCAAGGUAAUCCUUUGCCUUAAACCGAACCUCUCAAACUGGGAGCGACUUCUCGAGAAAUGCCCGACUUUUGUCACCAAAGACAAAAUGAUUAAAGUGAAAGCGAAAACGCUGACGAAAAAGAUCGUACAAGUAAAAGGCCAUCAAUUCUCGCUGAAUCCGGUGAAUGUCGUUCAUUAUUGUUAUCAGUGUCGAGAUGUCAUCUGGGCAAUGCAACCGUAUGCCUACUCUUGCACAAACUGUGAUGUGGUAAUUCAUAAACAAUGCGCUACUUCAUUAACUGAUGCUUGUUAUCCAGCCACUCAAGGAAAAUCAAAGGAUAAUAAAGAGAAUAAAGCAAAAUCAAGACCAAAAAGUCGUGAAGGACACGGCGAUGAAAGAAUACGCCGAGACGGUAGCCUUCCUCGUGAUGUGAGUGUCUCGAAAUUAGCCCAAUCUGAUUCGGGAAUCGGUGCUGAGAUCAUCCAUCCAGGACUCAAUCAGCUUCAACAACAGGAGAAGGUGGUCGGACGAUCGCAAAGCAUGAGAGGACGGACAACGAGUGACAGUUCGUCGACGCUGAGUGAGCCGGCCGGGAGAAAAGGACGAUCGGCACUGUCAUGGGGAACAGAUUUGACUCCAGCUGAUGAAGAGGCGGAAACUGUCAGGAGUUUCAACAUCCGAGAGCUGACCGCUGAAAGAGCGAUCGAUUUAGCCUCAGUUUCGGGAAGUAGUGGAGUCUCUCAUUGCAGUAUGCCUGACGACGAGGUCCGGCGAAUGAUGGAACGAAUCCAAGUGUCAGCACUGGCGGAAGGAGAUUCCGAUCUUGAUGUUGAGUCAGAAGUCCCCCCGAUUGAGGCAAUCGUCGGAUGGGAUGUGGUCAGACAUUUGAAGCCAAAGGAAAAGAAAAGACAAGAAGUCAUCAAUGAACUCUUCCAUACUGAGCGAACACACGUCCGAAAUCUGAAGAUCGUUCACAAGCUAUUCUAUACCCCAAUGACCCAACAGAAUCUCAUUCCACCCGAUAUCGUCGAGUUGUUAUUUGCGAAUAUUGAUGAGAUCUUGCAAUUGCAUCAAUCGAUGAAUAAGCAGAUGAGAGCUGCUGUUGAGGAGUGGAAACGUGAUCCGCAAUUGAAUGGUCUUUACGGGGAUAUCGGUGAAUUGAUGGACGGAAUGUUCAGCGGGGAACCUGGAGAGAAAUUACGAGAAGCGACUGCCGAAUUCUGUAAACAUCAACAACACGCACUAGAGAUUUUGAGGACAAGAUAUAAAAGCGAGAAAGAGGACGCGUUGAGCAAGUUCUUGGCAACCGCAGAGCUGCAUCCAUUAUGCAGAAAACUACAGCUAAAGGAUAUGUUACCAGUGGAAAUGCAAAGAUUGGUGAAAUACCCGCUUCUCCUUGAAACAGUCGCGAAAUACACGAAUGAACCCAGUGAAGAACAAGAGAAAUUACUGAAAACUGUCGCUGAGGCAAAGAAAAUUUUGCACACUGUGAACACAGCAAAGAGAAAUGCCGAGAAUUAUCGAAGACUUGAAGAAAUCCAGAAACGACUCGACACAACUCCAUUUGACCGCGAUUUUGCUAGUCACGACUUUGCGUCUCUUAACCUAACAAAGUAUCAACUCGUUCACGAUGGCCCUCUCACUUGUCGUUUCAAUCGCGGGAAAUUGGUGGAACUGCACGCGAUACUCCUUGAUCACUACUUGAUUCUUUUGACGAGACAGGGUGAUGGACAGAGAUUGCAAUUGAAAUGUUUAGAGCCGACAAAGGAAUCAAAGUGGGCACCGAUUCUCCCGUUAUUCCCGUUGAUUCCCCGCGAGAAAGCGAACGAUAAACGCACGUUUUUCCUCGUUUUCAACUCGCAGAACGGCGCUCAAAUCUAUGAAUUGGCCGCACCAACCGCCACCGAUCGAAAGACAUGGUAUAAGUUGAUUUGUGACCAAGUCGAGCAAUCGAAGAAAGCGAAUCGACAAGGAUUAUCUCCCUUCUUUGACGUGACCGCUGCCGGGAGCUACCAGGACGCGUCAAGUGAUGGACAAAUGGCAAAGGUGAAUGUUCUCACUCAUCCUCGUCUCGUUUCUGCAAAAGAGAUCCGCAUCGAACAGCCAACCAUUUUGGAACACGCGAAACCGAUUCUCACCCCAACCGAGAAACUCAAAAGAGCUGAUCAACAAAUCCUUGAGGCUUUAGCUGAUAAGAAUGCGAUAUUGGCUCAAUUUCUGCCUGGAGAUAAGAAUGGACGCAAAGAGGAACUUGAUAAGUUGGCUGAUUUGUUGAGUGGACUUGCGGUGGUUGACUUGAAACAGAAAGAUCCGAAAGAAUUGGCAAUGGCGGCGAUUGUUCACGGGAAUCGAUUGCUCGAUUCGAUUAAUCAAGGAAUGGUGGCUCACAAAAGCGGUGAUGAUCCAUCAGGUGCCCCAAUUUUGACUUUGGACAAUCAGGAGAGACAUCUCGCAUCAGUGCCUUGUUAUAAAUUGACCGCUAUUGCAGCACCAUUGAUGAAUCAUUUAAAGGCGAUGAUGGCAUUGAUUCAAGAGCAGCAAAAUGAGAUUCAGACACUCAAAAAUCAAGUUCAACAUUAUAAGGACCUAGCCGAUGGUGGUCACGGUUUAUCGGUUUCCGAGGAGACUCUCACCGAUGUGAGCUCGCUUCCUGUUGAUCCGAAUGAUCGAAUCUUGUUAACAAAACGUUUCCUACCCACAAAUAUCCCUCCACAACCACCACCACCAACCUCUUUACCACCAGCAACU